GAUGUGUGUAACCAGCCUCAGAUUUCAGUAGAGGAAGAACGCGGAGACGUCACAUUGGAGAGAUGCAACCAGCAGUAGCUGCUUCAGCACUAAUCACACAACAUUAACAUAACUAGCUAGUACAAGCUAACAUAGCCUGCUAAAUAAUUCGCCUGUGAAAUAUCAUACAUCCGGAAUUGCAAAUCUGCAAGAAACAAACGAAAUAUCCAUAAACGGUGGUAAACGGAAAACAACAUAACGGCCAUACACAGUUAUCGUGGCUUCUCCUUGCAUCCAACUGGCAGGCUAUUUUGGCAAGCUAGCGAAGCCAACGAUAGCAAACUCUGCCUUGGCUAGCGACAGGCUAGCCAGCUAGCUAGCUAGCUAGCUACUAACGUCGCUAACGGUAGUAACGUUAAGCUAGCUAGCGAGCUGUAGUGACUUGCGUCAUGGAUGAACUAGUCGUGGAAGUGAGGGGAACAAGUGGGGCCUUUUAUAAGGCCUUUGUGAAGGAUGUUCACGAAGGAUCGGUCACUGUGGCAUUUGAAAACAAUUGGCAGCCAGAGCGUCAAAUCCCGUUCCAGGAUGUUCGUUUUCCUCCCCCAACAGGACUCUGCAAGGAGAUAAAUGAGAGCGAUGAAGUCGAGGUAUAUUCCAGGGCUAAUGACAAGGAGCCAUGUGGAUGGUGGCUGGCCAAGGUUCGCAUGGUCAAAGGAGAGUUUUACGUAAUAGAGUACGCUGCAUGUGACGCUACAUUAAAUGAGAUAGUGACGCUGGAGCGGUUACGGCCUGUCAACCCCAAUAAACCAGCCACCAAAACCACCUUCAUCAAGAUCCGACUGGAUGUACCGGAGGAUCUCCGACAGAUGUGCUCCAAGGAAUCAGCACACAAAGACUUUAAAAAGGCCGUGGGAGCUUUCAAUGUCACCUACGACUCAGAGAAAAAGCAGCUGGUCAUUUUGUCUGUGAAUGAGGUCACAACAAAGCGGGCCAAUAUGAUGAGCGACAUGCACUUCAGGAGCCUCCGCACCAAACUGUCACUCAUGCUGAGGAACGAAGAGGCCAACAGACAACUGGAGAGUUCUAGGCAGCUGGCGUCGCGGUUUCACGAACAGUUUGUGGUUCGGGAUGAUCUAAUGGGUCUGGCCAUCGGGACUCACGGCGCCAACAUCCAGCAAGCACGCAAAGUCCCGGGAGUCACUAACAUAGACCUGGACGAGGAGACGUGCACCUUUCACAUAUACGGAGAGGACCAGGACGCUGUCCGUAUAGCGAGGAGUUUUCUGGAGUUCUCUGAAGAUGUCAUCAAAGUUCCCCGGAACUUAGUAGGGAAAGUGAUUGGCAAAAACGGCAAACUGAUCCAGGAAGUGGUUGAUAAGUCUGGGGUGGUUCGGGUUCGCAUUGAGCCUGAGAAUGACAAAAAGCCCUCAGCAGUCGCGGCGGCAGCAGCAGACGAUGGACUGGUGCCAUUUGUAUUUGUGGGGACCAAAGAAAGCAUCUCCAAUGCUACAGUACUGCUGGACUAUCACCUCAACUACCUUAAGGAGGUGGAUCAGCUUCGUCUGGAGCGUCUCCAGAUCGACGAGCAGCUGAGACAGAUAGGAGGCGGAGGGGGAGGAGGAGGGACGGGGCCCCGAGCCCUCAAAGACAAAACCUACGUGUUCGAUAAUGGCAUGGGCCUGGGCAUGGGGAGAGGAGCAGGGGGAGGAGGAGGAGGAGGGAAGCCCUACGGAGGAGGGGGAGGAAGAGGUGGCAGAGGGCGAAGAGGAGGAGGUGCAGCUUUCACCUCAGGCACCAACUCGGAGGCAUCCAACGCGUCAGAGACGGAGUCCGACCACAAAGACGAGCUCAGCGAUUGGUCGCUGGCCCCCACCGAGGAGCUGAUGACAGGAGGCGGGACCCUGCCCAGACGGACAGAUGGGAGGAGGAGAGCAGGCGGAGGAGGGCUGCGUGGACGAGGGGGGAGAGGAAGAGGAGGAGGAGGAGGGGGGUAUAAAGGUGAUGACAUGCAGUGGAGCGAGCCAAGACCUCGUCAUGUCAGAGAUCCCAAGACAAGAGCGCAGGAAGACACUCUACAGAUCCGUGUGGACGGGAACGAGCGCAGCGUGCAGCACUCCUCGGGGGGGCGAGGAGGAGGGCCUUCCUCAUCCCAGGGCGGCGUCGGUGCCGGCGGCGAGGGCCCAUCUCGCCAUUACCAUCCGAGACCCAUCAGAGACCGAGGGAUGAAGAAGGACAAACAGGACGCUCCUCUGCUGGUGAACGGAGUGUCGUAGAUACACCACUGGAGGACCGUCUCACUUAGACACACACACUCUCACACACUCACACACACACACACACACACACACACACACACACACACACACACACACACACGCACACACACAGGCAACUCGUCAUAAACAUCGUAGAAUCUCUCUCGCUUUUUCUGUCUCUGUCUUUGUCAAUACACAUAUUUCAUCAGCAUGGAAGAGUUUACCAUAGUGGAGUCCUAGACCAGAGACGACCUGGUAUCUGCUGGUCUGCUCUGUUGAGGUCUGUUGAGUGUACUGGUCUGGUUUGUUCCUGACUCUUCAAGGAUCUCCUGUUCUUCUCUGGAGUGACAAAUAAAAGAAACCAUACUUUUUGGACAUUAAGGAAAAGAAGAGGAGGGAUUUGACUAAAGCGCAUCGCUCACAGAGGCAUUAACCCCAAACAUGCUCCCCUACACAUCAAAAGCAAAUCAUUGUUUGCCUGGUUUAUUUUUUUUUUAAACAAAAUUGGAUGAUUUCAUUUUUUUCCCUACUGCCCUGUUUGGACUUUCUCACACCAGAACAAAUCAAGGGAAUAAUUGGUUGACAUGGACACACUGAAAUAUGAAAUAUGUGUUCCCUCCCUCCUGCUGUACGCUUUAAACAUAUUUUUACUGCAGAUGUUUAUUGUAGAGAUGAUCUGACAGCACAGUUUUAGAGGGGUGGCUGCAGUGUUUCCCACUGGUUGAGAAUUCAUUUUUGGUGGUCUAAAAGCUCCAAAACCCAACACUUGGGAGUCUGCUGCAACACAGCAUUGCAUUUAUAAUAUACUGUAACUAUACUGUGUAGAGGAGUCAUUUAGCGUCUUUCCGAUGCAUCUCCACAGAGACUUUUGAACUCCAUUCUAUAAUACAAAAUCUUUUUUCACAUAUGAGGAGAAACGCACAGCUUUUCAGGCUGGGAGAACGUGUUUGAAGAGGGCACUUUGUUUUGGGAUAGUCAUUUGAAUGCUGGUCCCCAUUUUGACAAGUCAAAACCUGCCUUUGGGAUCGGCAAAGUGGGGAGGAGUUUUGAAGUCAUCUGUGUUUCGUUUCCUCUUGCUGAGAUGAUGUAAAAUUCAUUCAGUCUCUUGGACUGUCAGACCAAGCACGAAUUCAACAAGGUAUUAGACGUACUGAUGGGGAAACAUAAAUCUGAGGCACUCUGAUGCAAAUGUUAAAUAGCUUAACUCCUAAGAGUCUUCAACAGGGUACAACAUGUCAUGCACUGCUGUUAUUUUUCAAAUGAAUUACGUGUCAAAAUGGAAAAAUGACUAGGCCAACAGUGGCUGGGAAUCCACAUUAAAAGCAAGACGCGAGCUUUUAACGUGGAUCUCGCGUCUGUAGUAAGCGCUACUGAAACGUUCAGUCCAUUCGGUCCGCACCGCUCUGUUCGGCCAUCUUUAAGCUCCGAACCAUCUGUCUGUCAGCAGCAGCUUCUGAGAUGCUGUUAGGACAGCUACUGGCCACACUGUCUUUACAACUGUCAGUUGUUCCCAGCAGCAUUGGAUGAUUGAUGAUUCUCCCAAUACUCCUUUAUCUCAUAGACCUGUUUACACAUCCUGUACCAGACUGGUGAGAGCCUUUUCAACCUCAACAGUGGGAUAUUUCACAGAGCGGGCUUAGGCUGUAAGCCAGGCUUACUUUGCUUAGUUCCUCACUCACAUUUAACAAAGCACUCUUGGAGGAUGCCAGUGAAAUAAUUACGGUUCUUUUUGCUUUCAGACAAACCUGGUUAGGUUGCAGGAUUAAGGUGGCAACAUCAUGAAUGUAGAACCUGAUUACAUGAGCUUUUCUUUAAUUUAUGAAAACCUUUGUAUUUAACCUUUUUUGUUUCGCAGUUAGAAAACCUGUUUGAAGUAUUACUGUAGAAGAAACGACAUUUCAUUGAUACCUUGACAAAAUAAAAAUUUGCUGUAAGUUUUAUUCUUCCUGGUUUUCGAACUUAUUCUGGGCCCGCCCCUCUGACUUAAACAUUUUUGUGUAUUACUCUUAUUUAAUUUUUGUUAUUUCCUGUUGGCUGCGUUUUGUAAAUUGUAGAGAGGAGAGAAUCUGAAUUCUAACUUCGAUACAGCAAAUUGUAAUCUUCCUAUACCACAAAAUCAGGUCUUGUUUCGCAACCAUGAAGGGUGCAAUGCAUUUUUUUACAUACAUGAUUUGAAUUGUGCAUUCCUCAAUUUCUUGCUUUUAAAAAUGCAGGACUGCACAUGCCACCCGAUAGAUUUAAAGCAACGGUGAAGUUUAGUGAAAGCGCUCUGAGCUAAGAACACAAAUUCUGGUUUAAUUGAAGCAAGAUAUACAUCCACAAGUCCAGUUUUCUAAGCCUCCUUUGUGAAAUCCCCGUUCUGGAUAAAGAGCAAAGGGUGUCGGGUCAGUGUUCUGCCACGUCUCUAGCUCAUAAUGAGGCUUCUUUCAAUCUUAGUGCCUUGAAUUUAUGCUCCUCAAUUUCUGUGAAUUUGGCCCAUAUUGAGAAGCACCUGAAUAUGUUUUUAUACUGUCUGUUAAACCCAGUGUAACACCCCUUCUGUUUUUUUAGGGUAUACAUGUUUCUUGCAUGUUUCAAACUAUUUUAGGGAGGCACACUGGUGUAAGAUGCCCUCUACAGUUUCUGGUCAUUCAUUUUGUCCCAUAACAUAACAGUUCCAGUUUUUUUUAAUCUUUGCCUCAAACUUGUCUGGCUCGUGCUCGAACUUUGUGACACACCGACGAACACUAAAAAAGAAAAUUAAAUAAAAAAAAGUCAUGUUAUCAAAUAGAUGACUUUAUUUAGACAGUGCAGGUGAACAAAACAAUGUGUUAACGUCAGGCACUCAUCUUGAGGUGCUCCAACCUGCUGUUCGCUUGACACCUCAGUUACUGACUUCAUAAACGUUUUGCAUGGAAAUAUCCUUGUGGCAUCAUCGUCAUCACCAUAAAAAUAAAUAGAGAAGAAUGUAGGUGGCAAGAAGGCCUUUAAAGAUCAUGUACAUUCUUAGUUGCCCCAAAUUGUACCCUAAAUUCAAACUGACUGCAGUAACUUAGAUGGGCUAAUGUUAAAAGUAUUUGUGGAUUUAUGAUUGAAGGGACAUUGAUAAUAGCAUUAGUUUGAAUUAAGAAAACAAAAACUGUUUAAAUGUGAGAAAGUCACUGUAAAACAAAACAAAGCAAAAAAGUUUCGCUGUACAUUUGUAGGCUUUUUCGAAAUUUCAUGAAAAUACUGCAUCAUAAAACUAUCCUUGUUUUAACAACUGUUAUAGCCAGCACAACAUUUGGACCAGCAGAUUAGCUGUGAUCUUUAGCUUUACUGUUGCUAUGUGCAAAUGUUGAGGAAUCAAGUUCUUAACAAGUAAAAUCUACUCUUUUAGGUGUUCUUUUAGCAUAGGACAGGAAUAACCUUGUAAAGUUAGCCUUCAAAUUUAGCUUCCCUCUUUGUGGUGCUCUUAAAUGUUUCAUUUAUUUGCAUUCUUGCUAAAAGUUAGAUGAGAAGAUUGACACCAAGCUAGAGCCAGAAGGCUAGUAGCUUAGCUUAGCUAAAGACUGGAAACGGGGAAACAGCUAGCCUGGCUCUGUCCAAAAUCAGUCUACCAGCACUUUCUAAAACUCACUAAUUAACAUGUCAAAUAUUGGUUGUUUAAUCUAUACUGUGGAAUGUAAAAACUAAAUUUGUGGUUUUAUGGCGUGCAAGCGUAGUUGUCGACGAGACACGAUGGCUUUUUGGCUAGCUGUUUUCCCUCCGUUUUACGCUAAGCUAACUGGCUGCUGGUUCCAGCAUAGCACUUUACAGAUAGACAUGAAAGUGCUAUUGAUCAUCUCAUCUAACUCUCGGCAAGAAAGUGAACACUGUUAAACUCUUCCUUAAAAAAAUAGCGUUCAUUAGGACCUUCAGUGAGCAUAGCAUAAUAUUACUUUACAAUAGGUCGGAUCCACUUUUAGCCAGGCAGACACAAAACAAAAUAGCCAUUGUGCCCCAUCUUCAACAUGUCUUCAAAAAUGCUUAAAAUCUUAAAAGAUCUAAAAGAUUGGUGAGAUUUAUACACAAUAUGGGCUGGCUUAUGGGGGGGGGACUGCGAAUGCUCAGAGAAACCGCAUCAUGUUUUGAGUGACAUGUGCCUUUAAUUGUGGCUAGUAUCACAACCUAGACAUGUAAAUCAGGGAUAGUGAGACGUUGAUAAUAGACCAGAUGUGUAAAGAUGGCUACCACGUGCCGUGACAUCAUUGAUUCACCCUGAGUCGUCGCCGGCCAAGCGGGGUAUUUCUGACCUUCUUUUAAACUCAAAGGGUGCGUCCGGGAAACUCCCUGCUUUUACCACCUGGUCCUUUUUAAACACUGAAGGUGUUGUGUCCUUGUACAGUCGACAAACAUAAGCCCGUGGCUUAUGACCUGGUUCAAUUGAUCUAUGAAAUGGAUUCAGUUACUUUUGUAGACCGGUGCACUUCAUGACCCUUGAAUGGCUACGUUGGCGCCUUUGGUUCCGUUCCACAAGUCAAAGGCUAGGUCCCAGGUCCUUAAAUUGCAUGCACGUUUCCUUUACUUGCUUCCCCUUCCUCGCGUCUUAGUCCGUCCCACCGAGGAAGCACAGGAGAGACAGGAGAAUAUCAUGCGAGGAGAGAGGAAACGAGGACAAUUGUUUUUAGAGGGGUGAGACGUCGUUUCCUGUGAAUCGUCACGUACAGUAAAUGCGUCGGCUGUAUGGGAGGGGUUAGCGACGGCUUUCAGCUGCACGGCUUCCGGUUAAAGGCAGCUUUCGUGUAUCCUCGCUCAUAGCUCCUCGGAGAUCCCUCCUCGAUCCUAACUUCGAGACGGCCUUCAAGAAGGCGGACCAGAACGACUUCCGGUUCAAACGAGGAGCGUUGAGAUAUCAAAUAAGAGACUUGGGGUCCACCCAAAGACUGCUAUUUCUCCAUUCAAACCCCCUUUUUAAAAUGGUUUCUUGAGAUGCAAAAUAGUGUGACCCAGUGUAACCUCCCUGUCUCUCUUUCCUUCUCGGAAAAGUAACUGAGAAGAUUUCAGAGGUUGAGCCAGGUCUUAUCUUUUACCGGAGAUCAGUUUACCUUUUUAGUCUUGUGAUGCAUGUACAUCUUUAUUAUGGAUUUUGACAGACUUUCUGUAGGUUAAAACACGUUUAAAAAA